AAUAAAUCUAACCACCAUUCCAUUUUCAUUAUCUUAUUAGGAGAAGCUUCGUCCAUGUCGCUUAACCCGUCACGCCAACUCCUUCUAGCUAAGAAGCAAUUUACAUCCGAACUUGUUCAGAUCUUGUUAGCUUCUUUUGUGGAUCUUGAUAAUCGGAAUAUCCAGCUGAGAAAUGAGUCAAAAAGGGUUGAUUUAUAGUUUUGUUGCAAAAGGAACUGUUGUUUUAGCAGAGCACACAUCAUAUUCUGGGAACUUUAGUACCAUUGCUGUUCAAUGUUUACAGAAGCUGCCAUCAAAUAGCAGCAAGUUCACAUAUUCAUGUGACGGGCACACAUUUAACUUCCUCGUUGACAAUGGAUUUGUAUUUCUGGUUGUUGCAGAUGAAACCGUUGGCAGGAGUGUGCCCUUUGUUUUUCUCGAACGAGUGCAAGAUGAUUUUAAACAGCGAUAUGGUGCAAGAAUAAGGAAUGAGGGUCCCCAUCCUUUAGCUGAUGAUGACGAUGAUGAUGACUUAUUUGAAGACCGAUUUAGCGUUGCAUAUAAUCUUGACAGAGAAUUUGGACCAAGGCUUAAGGAGCACAUGCAAUAUUGUAUGAACCAUCCAGAAGAAAUCAGUAAGCUUUCGAAAUUAAAAGCUCAAAUAACUGAGGUCAAGGGGAUUAUGAUGGAUAACAUUGAGAAGGUUUUGGAUCGUGGGGAGAAGAUUGAACUUCUGGUGGACAAAACAGAAAACUUACAGUUCCAGGCUGAUAGCUUCCAGAGGCAAGGCCGGCAACUGCGACGGAAGAUGUGGCUGCAGAAUCUCCAAAUGAAACUGAUGGUAGGAGGAGCUGUUAUUGUGUUGAUCAUCAUAGUGUGGCUUAUUGUGUGUAGAGGUUUCAAAUGUUGAUUUGAAAAACCAAAUUUGGAACUUUCAGCAGCAUUGCUUGUCUUUUUUUUUUUUUUAUUUCAAUAUUAAUUUUUUUCCGUCUUUAGAUGUACAAAAUAGUUAUAUGGUCUUGAACAUGGAUAAUUAGCGAUUGCUGUUGUUGGUAUGUAGCAUUACCUGACUGUUAACAACGUAAUCAAACGUGUAAUACCUGCUGCUUUUGUUAAUAAUACCAGAGCUUGUUUUAUGAGAA